GUGGCCAUGGAGGCACCUACACGACGUCACCACAGUUGUGUCUCAUGUUUACGUGGAAAACAUGGCGGCGGAGUACCAACAAGGAGACAGCACUUAGUGAACAAGAGUCACCCAGUCUCCGGCAGCGAGCGGCCGGGGACACUCUCAACUUCGGCUCUUGGUCGCUGGUGUUUCGCAUGACGCAGCUCCUCUCCCCGUUUCUGCCACAGGCCCCGCGGUGAUGGAGGACGAGGAGCGGCAGAAGAAGCUGGAGGCCGGCAAAGCUAAGCUGGCAGAGUACCGCCAGAGAAAAGCUCACGCCGACUCCCAGAGGAAUCAGAAGAGGAAGAAGAAAAAGAGGACAACGGAGGAUUCAGAGGGUGAUUCGCAGGGAAGGGUGGACCCCGAUCAGUCUACAGAAGUAGAGGACAUCUCAGUUGGAGGACGAGAUGGAGCACAAGAGGGAACUAAAGACCCCCCCACCACAGAGUUUACCUUCGCAAGGACGCUACGAAGCGGAGAGAGAGUCAAGCAUGAUCAGACCUACACUAUAGAGCCUGAGAGUGAAGUGUCCACUACUGCUGAAGAUUAUUCCUCAGAGGUUAAUGGAUGCCAUGAUGAGAUGAUGAAUCUAAUGAUGUCUGCGAAGGAUUUUAUCUGGGAGGAGGUUGAGUCCCUGCCACAGGUGACAAAGGGGGGUACAAUGCAGGACGCACUUGCUGCCAAGACCCAGGCAGUGGAGGAGCUGAGUCAGGAGGAAAUCAGAGCUGCCUUUGGUACAGAAGGAGUGCAGCAGCUGCAGGAUUUUGAAGCUGCUCUGAAGCAGCGAGAUGGCAUCAUCACACAGCUCACAGCAAACCUUCAGCAGGCCCGUGAAGAGAAAGACGAGAUCAUGAAAGAAUUCCUGGAGCUGACAGAGCAAAGUCAAAAAUUACAAAUUCAGUUCCAGCAGCUGCAGGCGGGAGAGACACUAAGGAACACCAGCCACAGCAGCACUGCAGCUGAUCUUCUGCAGACCAGGCAGCAGCUUGUCCAGUACCAGCAGCAGCUGGAGGAAAUGAACGUGGAGUCCAGAAAACACCAGGAGAGGAGCAUUGAACAGCUAGAGCACAUCAGCCAGCUCCAACACAAACUCAAUGAGAUGGAGAUGUCAGGACGAAGAUCAGAAGAGUCAUUUACACAGAGGAUAAUCAAAAAGGACCUGCUGAUUGCUGAACAAGAAAAAGUCCUUGCGGGUCAGGAGCAGCUGGUGAUGGACUUGAGAGUGGCAGAGGAGUCUUUUGCACAAACACUGGAAGAGAAAAGUCUGUUCAUUUCAGAGCAAACUGCAAUAAUCACGGAGCAUGAGAGGUCAUUAACCCUGCUCAGAGAGGAACUGGCUCACGUGGCAAGGACUUCAAAUGAAAAUAUUAUACAGCAAUCAGACGAGAAAGACUUGAUCAUAGCAGAGCAAGAGAGAGUCAUUUCAGAACGUGACUGCUCUCUCACACAGCUCGAGGAUGAGCUUGAGACCUCUGAAAAACGCCUGAGUGAUAUCCAGCAGCGAAUGGCCGCAAAAGAAUCAGAGCUUGAAAAAUGUCUGGAUGAGUUGGAGAGCACCAAGUCUGACUUGGAAAGCCGUAUGGGUGAAAUGGAGAGUUGUAAAUUAGAACUGGAGAAUGAGCGAGCAGAGUUGGAAAGUUGUAAGGGUGAACUUUCAAACUCCAGACAGAAAGAGCGAAUGUCUUCUAAUGAAAUCAAGCAGCUCAUGGGCACAGUGGAGGACCUGCAGAAACGCUGUCACCAGGGCAGCCUGUCGGAAAGUGACACCAUCCAAAAAAUGCAGGAAGAGACUGGAAAGAAGCUCGAAGUUCUCAGGGCAGAGCUGGACGAGAUGUAUGGCCAGCAAAUUGUCCAAAUGAAGCAGGAGCUUAAUCUACAACAUGCAGCGAAAGUGGAGCAAAUGACUGAGCUCCAUAGUUCUGAGCUCGAGCUUCUUAAAGCACAACUGUCUCAAAGCUCAACUGUUAGCGCUGCUGAGGUGGUUAGUCUCAAUGCUAGGAUUAAGGAGCUUCAGGAGACAGUAGAGCAAACCCAAUCAAUGCAUGAUAAAACCAUACAUGAGCUAAACCAAGUCACCCAAGAAAAGCUCAACCUGCAGGUCAAGGUUGAUUAUCUUCUUCAGGAUCUUUGUUCUGCUAACGAAAAAGUGGAGCAGGUCUCACACAGUCUUAUCUCUCAGGAAAGCCAACAUGGUGAACUGCAGCGCCUCCAGGAGACAAUUGACGGUCUGAGGAGCGAGCUGGCCGCUGCUCAGGAAGCUGCUCAAGAUGCAGAAACUAAACAUGAAUCAGAAGUAACCAACUACAAGAUCAAGUUGGAGAUGCUAGAGAGGGAGAAAGAUGCUGUACUGGACCGAAUGGCCGAGUCUCAGGAAGCAGAGCUCGACCGGCUCAGGACUCAGCUUCUGUUCAGCCAUGAGGAAGAGCUUACCCAUCUGCGUGAAGAAUUGCAGAGGGAGAGCUUCAUGAACACAGAAAACCUUCUUAAUGAAGCUGCUGUUAAACACGAGAGAGCGCUGCAUGAGUUGCGUGUUAGUUACGAAGAAGAGCUGCAUCUGUCACGAAGAGAGAAGACAAAUUUUGCCACAGAGCGAGAUGAGCUUUUGGACCAAAUUGUUGGCCUGAAAGAAGAUCUAAAGCUGGCUUUGCACAGCUCCAAAGCAGAUGAGCUUGUCCAGCAGCUCAAAGAGCUUCAGGUGGAGAUCGAAGAAUUGAGAAAGGGAGGAGAAGAACGAGCUAGAAUGGAAAAUGAAAUUCAGACAUUACGAGAAAAGAAAGAAGUGCUGGAAAAAAAGACACAAGACAAAGAACAAUCCUGGGAGAACAAGUGGAAAGAGCAGGAAUUAGAAAAGACAACGUUAAUAGAAUCUAAUAACACUUUAAAAGAAGAGUUGGACUCAAACUUUUUGGAAAUUGAGACACUGACAACAGAAAAUAAUCAAAUUCAGCAACUAGUAGAUGAGCUCAGAGAGAAAAUUGAAAACCAGAGGACUACUUUCUCAUUCGCUGAAAAGAAUUUUGAGGUAAACUACCAGGAGCUGAAGGAGGAGUACAUGUGUCUCAUUGAGGCAAAGACGCAGUUAGAAGAGAGGACACUGAAGGACACACAUGAGUCAGCGGCGAAAAUUGCCAGCCUUCAGUCACAGAUUCUGGAUCUGGAAGAGAGCAGCAGAGAUAUCAAAUUGGAGGAUGCUAAAACAGAGAGUGAAGCUUCGGUCAAAAAAGUUACUGCUGAGCUAAUGGAGAAACUGAAUGUUACUUUGGGUGAGAAGGAAAUCCUGGCUAGGAGGGUUUCUGAAGUUACAGAGAAACUCAUGUUCACAGAGAGCAAAGUGGGACAGCUGGAGGACGAGCUGAUGAACGUGAGAAAAGAAAACACAAAGGUCAUGGCCCAGAAUGAAAGCCUAGAAAAAGAACUGGAAAAAGAACAAGAGAUUAUGAGAGAGCAGGCAAGGGGGCAGGAUGCCCAGAGUAAAGCUAAGCUGCAGACAGAAGAGGAAGCUGCUGAGCCAGUUAGUUCUUUUGAGGAUCAUCACUCUGAGAUUCAAUCUUUGCGAGAGGAGAUAAAGGGUCUUCAGUCUCUGCUGCGGACAGCUGAGGCUGAGAGAGACAACAUCAAGCAGACCCUGGAUCUCCAGAAGAUUUUGCAGACUAAUGCAGCGGCAGACCAGUCUUUGGGGGAGGGACCUGUUGAAGGACGAUCCUCGCCACAGAAGUCCACAGCUUCAGGGUCAAACAGGCGCAAGAGACGGCAGAGGUCGAAGCAGGAGCGCAAACUGGUCACUUCUCCAUCUGGCAGCAGACAAGAAACGCAAAGGGAGGAGGAAGAGGAGGCAGCAGCGGAGGAAGAGAGAGCUACAAGUGCCGCAGAGCAGGAGAAGCAGCCUCAGAUGGAGAGCCAGGUUAUAUCACGUUCACAGGAGAGGGCCAGUAAGGAGGACUCCACUGACGGGUACCAGGGAGACGGAGGCAGAGGCAACAUCAACAAACAGGUGAGCCAACAUGGGAUGGACGGCCAUCACGCGGAGCCUGUCGCAUGCCAGAGAGCAGAGGGAAAAGAGACUACUGAGCAUGGUGAGUGCCAUCUGCAGAUGGAGGCCCAGCGCAUCAGCCUGUCUCAGAUCCAUGCCGCCCAGGUCGAGCUGCUGCAGGAGGAGACGGAUGCCCACACACACUCCCUGGAGCUGAAAUUGCAGAAUCAGAAAGUUCACAGCGACCUUGAUGAGCCAAAAUUCUUCAAAUAUCAGAACAUGUUACAAGCUGUGUCAGAAGAAUGCAUUGAGAUCAUUCUGUCUUUCCGAAAGUUGUUCGGUGAAGAGUUUUUGGAAAGUGUUGAUCUGAGCUGGCAGCCCCCUUCAGAGGAAAGACCUGAAACUAGUGAAUCCACCUCCAUUAUACAGGAAGCCAGAGAGCUAUACAGAGGCCUUCAUCAGGUGAGGGAGAGGAUUGAACAGGAGCAUCAGAGACUGUCACAGCUCCAGGCUCUGCUGAGGGUGGAUGGGAACAAGAUGAUAGAACUGCAGAUGGCGUUCAAUGAACUGAAGAGCAGCAGUGAGAAGGAGAUCUGUGACCUACGUGUGCAGGUUGCCAGCUAUGGCUCCUCAAGCAAAGAGGAGCAGGUUGGGGCACCAUCUACCUCCAUAGCCAGUGAGUUACAGAAGCUGAAGAUGGAGGCUCAGGAGAAGCAGCUCCAGCUGGAGGAGAGUCACAGACAAGAGCUGGAGCGUCUCAGAGCUCACUACCAACAUGAGGCCAUAGAGGCAGAGGAGCGAUUCGCCACUGAGCUCUUCCUGCUGCAGCAGCAACUACAGGAGGCCACAAGCACACAGACCCACUACAGCUUGUCCACAGUUCCUGAGUCCAGCUCUGAGAGGACAGACGAGCACAUCGAGGACCUAAAGGACCAGCUUGAACAAGAGUUGUCAGAGGGAGGUGUAGAGUUGAGUUUGCCUAGCAGGUUUGCAGGCCUGACUGCACAGCUGCAGGCUCUGAGGAAAGCUCUCUACCACAAGUAUGUCCAAGAGGUGGCCACUCUGAAGGAACAGCACAACAGUGAGCUGAGGAGACUGAGAGAAGAAAGUGAGCAGGGGAGGCAAAGAGAGGAGUGUCAGGAAGAGAGAGGAGAGAGGGAGCAGGAUUUCAGCUGUGCUGGAAGCUCCAGUGGGACCCUUGAGGCGGCCAGGCAGGUCGUGCUGGAAGAAAAACAACACUGGGAGAGAGUGGAGGAAGAAGUUGCUAAAGCCAUAGUUCAGAUGUCAGUGGAGUUUGCACAGCAGACUGAGCUGGCUCGCAUCAAGCGUUCCUGCCUGACGAGUACCUCAAUGCAGACACGGUCAUAUGAGGAGGAGAUGAAGGAGAGGGAGGACAAGCAGCCAACUCCCAGGGCUUCAUUCUCCCCGGGCGCCUGGAUGGAGGAGGUGGAGAGGGAGAGACUGGAGAAGGAGCUGGAGGAGAGGAACGCAGAGAUCCGAAAAUUAAAGGAGGAGCUGCAGAGAAGUGAAACAGCACCUGAGCAGGCCCUAAAGAAGAGGAAAGACGAUCAGGAAGAAGCUGAGGAAGAGGAAGAUCCAGGUGGGACGGGAAUAAAGGAGUCUUAUGCACUAAAGUUAUCCUCAACGAAUGAUGGAGAGUCUUCCGAUAUGGACAAUGAAAGAAACCUGUUGCGUAAAGCCAAUGAGAAACUCAGUCAGGUGCUGGUCGAUGUUCUGAAGACAACGGCAGCAGCAGAGGAAACUAUGGGGCUCCACAUGCAAAGUCUGUGUGAUGCUUCCAGUGAAGAGCAGCAGGCUGCAACGCCCCACACGACCUCACAGAGAGCAACCUGGCAGAAAGUCAACACACAGCCCUUCAGGCCUUAUGCUGCAGGCCACGCUGCUGACAGUUGCCAGGGCAGUGAGGCCUCCACAGAUGAUGUGAUUUCGUGGUCCGGGGAGACGGAGGCUGAUGAGGGUCUGGAGGAGUCCCAGCAGAUGAUGGACAGCCUGCUGCUGGGGGCGCGGACACAGUUAGAGAACGAGGAAUAUCUCAUGGGCAUCGGCAGCCGACUCCAAACGGCUCUGGAGAAGAUGCUAAUGGCCAUCACAGACACCACCAACCAGCUUGAACAUGCCCGGAUGACCCAGACUGAGCUGAUGCGGGAGUCCUUCCGCCACAACCAGGAGAUGAGCGAGCUGCUGCAGAAGCAGGAGGAGCUGCAGGAGAGGGUCUCAGAGGAGUCCCGCGCACGGGAGCAGCUGGCUCUGGAGCUUCACCGCGCAGAGGGUCUAAUUGAUGGCUACACGGGUGAACGGGCUGCGUUGGAGGAGCAGUUACGUCAGAAGGGAGAGCUGCAGAUGAACCUUGAGCAAGAGCUGCAGGUUACAAGUAGCCGGCUGCAGGAGUUGGAGCAGGAGAGGCUUCAGAUGCAGGAGGAGCGGGAGCUGCUGUCACGGCAACAGGACGCUAUGAGGGAGAACGCCGGUCCCCGAGAGCUUUGCCUAGUUGAAGCUGCAAUGGUUGCAGCACCUGAAGCAGACCUGCUGGAGGAGACAGAGAAGCUGAUGAAAGAGAAGGUGGAGGUCCAGCGUCAGGCAGAGAAGGAGAACGCAGACCUCCUGAAGCAAGUGAAGCUGCUGGAGGCCGAGCUGGAGGAACAGGUCAACAGGGUGAUAGAGCUGGAGCAAGCUCAGAUGACCGAGAGCGGAGACCUGCAACAACAGAUCCAAGCUCUGGAGAAACAGCUGGAGAAGAACAAAAGGUUCCUCGAUGAACAAGCUGUGGACCGAGAACAUGAGAGGGAUUUCUUCCAGCAGGAGAUCCAGAAACUGGAGAAGCAGCUGAAGAAUCCACAGAAGCUUCAGGCAGGCUCUGAGCAAAGAAACCGAGAGGUGGACCAGCUGACCUCCCAGCUGAAGGAGAAGGCGGAUUGGUGCAGUGAGCUGCUGCUCAGCUCGGAGCAGCUGCGUCGUGAGUUGGGAGAGCGCGACGAAGAGAUUGACAAGCUGGAGAGCCGCAUCCGCGAGCUGGAGCAGGCCCUGCUGGCCAGCGCUGAGUCCCUGGAGAAGGUGGAACAAAAGAAACAGCAUGCAUCCAUCACUGAGACCAGACACUCAACACUGGAGGCUCAGUUACAGACGGAGCGGGAAGCUCUGGAGCGCAAAGAGAAAGAGAUCUGUCACCUGGAGGAGCAGCUGGAACAGUUCAGAGAGGAGCUGGAGAACAAGAGCGAGGAGGUGCAGCAGCUUCAAAUGCAGCUGGAGAUCCAGAGCAAGGAGAUCAGCAGCCAGCAGCAAUACCUAGAAACAAGGGACAGCUUGAUCCAGGUGAUGGAGGAGAAGGACAGGCAAAUAGCACUUCUUAAUGAACAGAUCACUAAGCUUCAACACACGGAAACAGCUUCUGAUAACAAGGAAAUUGAUGUGAGGGAUGAGCUGAUAACAGACCUGGAGUCCCAGGUGGAAUGCCUACGGAGUGAACAACAGCGUCAGAAGAGGAAUAAUGAAGAGGAACUUGACCAACUGAAUGCAGUCAUAGACAAACUUCAGGAGGAACUGGCCAAUAUCGAGCAAAAACAGGCUGCAGAGGAAGACGAGGACCUCAAGGGUGAGGCAGAGCAUGGCGCAUGGGGGCCUGCUACAGAGGACUAUGAUGAAAUGAAGCAGAGAAUGGACCUGACCACCAAAGAGCUUGACACUCUGAAAACAGAGCACAGUAAACUGAUGGAGACAUAUCUGUGUUUGAAAGAGAGCACAGACGCUUUGUAUGAAACAAAAAAACUGGGUAGUUCAGAGGGCGAGUUCGAAGAAGCUCUCAGAGAGAAAACUGCAGGUCUUGUUGUCAUGCAGGCCCAAGUACAAGCCCUGGAGCAGAGUGCAACGUCCAGGGUGGAAGAGUUAGGGCUCCGUAUCCGGGAGCUCGAGGACUUGGUCGUUGAAAGAGACGCUGAGUUAAGCCGCUGUCGCCUCCUUGUGGAGCAAACUCAAAGUGAUGCAGAUGGUCUCCAGCAGAGGGUCUCUAACCUGGAGGGAGAUCUGAGGGAGAAAGUGGCCUUAGGGCUGGUCAGCCAAGCCGCCCCGGAGGCCUUCCAACAGCAGCAGAAGUUGCAGGGAUCCAAAGAAAACCAGGACAUGCAGAGACGAGCAGAGACACAAGUGAAGCCCAAUGAUGAUCCCCAUGUACGUGACUUUGGUGACUUUGGUAUUCCCCAAAUGGAUUUCAGUGGACUGGGCCAAGCCAGACAAGUUUCCACGGGGAAGGUCGUCCAUCUGACCCAGAAACUUUGGGAGCUGGAGGUGGGACUCAGUGGGAUGCAGAAAGACCAGGAGCUCCAGAAGCAACUGCUCUCCAGUUCUGAGGAGGAGGUGCUGGAGUACGAGAGGAGGCUGGCCGUGCUCAUGGACCUGCUUAGUCAGAUGAAGGCCAGGACACACCAGAGGUCUUCACCAGCUGUGGAGGCCUCCUCUCCUGAUUCCCAGCCAUCAGUGUCAGAACUUCUUCAGGAGUUGCAGGAGGUUAAAGACGAGACCUCGGCCACCAAAGAACAGCUCGACACCUACAAGGAGAGCUGCAGCAGACUUCAGGAGGAGCUCCAGGAAAAAACUGUAACUUUAGAGAGACUACAGGAACAACUUAAAAAGGUAUCAUCGAGUGACAGUGAGCAAGUCAAGCUUCAACAGGAACUCUUGGAGGCUCAAGACGAGGCAGCAGCUGCCAAAGAGGAGCUGAACAGCUGCCGGGAGAGUUUGGAGAAGCUGCAGGAGCUGCUGCAGGAACGGGAAAUGACCAUUGCUCACCUCAAGGGAGAACUUUUCGAAGUAAAAUCUGUAGAUGGAGCCGACAGGACGGAGCUUCUACAGGAGCUGCAGGAGGUCAGAGACGACGUGGCAUCCACCAAAGAAGAACUCAGCAGCUCCAGGCAGCAGAAUGAGAGACUACAGGAAGAGCACCAAGUCCGUGAACUGUCUCUUUCUAAGCUCAAAGAGGAGCUUCAGCAGUUGAUAAAGAAUGUGGAUUCCACCAAAGAAGAGCUCAACAGCUACAGGCAGCAGAAUGAGAAACUGCAAGAAGAGCUCCAAGUCCGUGAACUCUCUAUUUCCAAGCUCAAAGAGGAGCUCCAGCAGUUGAUAAAGGAUGUGGAUUCCACCAAAGAAGAGCUCAACAGCUCCAGGCAGCAGAAUGAGAAACUACAGGAAGAGCACCAAGUCCGUGAACUGUCUCUUUCUAAGCUCAAAGAGGAGCUCCAGCUGUUGAUAAAAGAUGUAGAUACCACCAAAGGAGAGCUCAACAGCUACAGGCAGCAGAAUGAGAAACUGCAAGAAGAGCUCCAGGUCCGUGAAGUGUCUAUUUCCAAGCUCAAAGAGGAGCUCCAGCAGAACAGGCAGCAGGAUGAGAAACUCCAGGAAGAGCUCCAGGUCCGUGAACUGUCUAUUUCCAAGCUCAAAGAGGAGCUCCAGGAGAACAGGCAGCAGAAUGAGAAACUCCAGGAAGAGCUCCAAUUCUGUGAACUUUCUAUUUCAAGGCUCAAAGAUGAGCUGAAGGAGGCACAGACAGCUUUGAAGAAGACAGCAGUCUCUGGUCCUCCGUCUACGUCUCCUUCCCCAUCACCAUCUCCAUCUCCUCAGCCACAGUCCUCUGCUCCAUCCUCCUCCACCACCCAGCCCAAGAGAAAAGGAGCCAAACAGCCGGCUGGUAAGGGAAGCAGUGCCAAAGAUAAACCAUCUCUGUCCAAGAAGAACUCUACUGGUUCCAGUCAGUCCUCCAACAGAUCUCACGGCUCCCGGCUGAACAGCAGCUUCGAACAGCAACAUGUGGCUGUGACAGAAUCGUUCACGCAGACCGAACCUCUCCAAAUGUCGGACUUCAGCACUGAAAGCAAGUCUGCCGCCAAAGAGGAGAUGGAGGAGAUGAUCAGCGAGUUUGAGGAGAAGAUUGUGCAGAUGCAGGAGCUCCACGCUGCAGAAAUCCUGGACAUGGAGGCUCGGCAUAUUACCGAGAGCGAGAACCUGCGGCGGGACAUACAAGCACUAGAGGAUGAGUGUAAGGCACUCAAGUCCGUUAUCGACAAGCUACGCUCUGCUGAGGCUCCAACAUUAAGACAAGAGCGUUCUAUGCCUCAGUUCAAAGAUGGAUACACCAGUGACAGCAGUUCAGACUACAGCCAGCGGACUGGAUAUGACCUCCCAAGUUUGCACCAAGAGUUCAGGACGACUCCAGAGGGCGCCAGGAGAGAAGCUGAUGAUCCAAUGCCUGACCGCAUCAAAAUGUUGCUCCGUGAGGUUCACCAGGAGGGGAUGCAGGUGCUCUCUCUGUCAGAGAUGCCGCUUCCUGGAGGCGAGCCGGGCAACCAGUUCAACGUCCAAGGCUGGAUGAAGGAAAGGGAUGAUUUGCUCGCAACCGUGGAGUCUCUCAAAGGCCUCAUCACUCAGAUGCAAACACACAGAGAAACACAGGCGUCAGGUAGCGUGGACUGGCGUGCAGAGCUCCUGGACGCAGUGAGGCAGGUGUUUCUGAGGGAACGAAGCGUCCUGAAGAACAUCCUCUACAGCCAGUUGGACCUUCUGGACACCAGUGACGCCAUCAUCCACCUUAAUCAGCUGGAGCGCAGGCUAGCUGAACAGGACGCCCUCCACAGAGACGCCAUGGGUUCCCUCCACACUGCAGAGCGGACGAGUCUCAUCUCUGAGAUUCAUCAGCUUCGUGGUCAGUUAGAGCAAAUUCAUUCAGGUGUCCGGCCUGCAGCUUCUUUGGCUGCUGAAUGUAGCAUGAAGGAGCAGAGGGAGGGAGGAGCAGCGGACGGAGCAGCGGAGGUCGAAAGGAUGCUGGGGGAGGAGCUGAAGGUGGAACUGUCCCAGACGAAACUGGAGCUGGAGACGACGCUCAAGACUCAACACAAACACCUCAAAGAGCUGGACACACUCAGAGUGGAGGUAUCGAAGAAAGCUGCUGAGCUGGAUGCACUCAGUGACCAGCUGACAGAUGAGAGGAAGAGAAGCAGAGAUUUGCAGUGGGCCAUGGAGAAGGAGAAAUGUCGAACUGGAAGAACUGAGGAGAGUAAACGAGAAGAGAUGGAGGAUCUCCAUCUCAGUCUGGACGAGCAGAAGAGCCGUGUGGCCCAGCUGACCCUCACCCUGAACCAGGAGCGCCAGGCCUCGUCCCAGCUCUCCCAGCAGGGUGAGCAGGAGCGUCUGAGUCUCCAAAGACACCUCCAGGAGCUUCAGGUCCAGUUAGACACUGAGCGAGCCAAGGUCCUGGAGAUGAGUAAUGUACUUGGGAGAGAGAGGGAGCUGCGGACAACUGCCACCUCCGAGUACGUCUCCUCCAAUGAGGAGUGGGUGGAGAAGGACAGCAGUGGCGUCGAAGAGGAAGGGAGUCUGCUGGAGAGACUGCAGAGGGAGCUGGAUAACAAACACACACAGGUGGUGCAUCUCCUCGGUCAGGUGGAGGCCCAGAAGCUCGAGGUGGUGCGAAAAGAGGAAGAGCUGAAUUUGGCGAGUCAGAGGUCGAGAAUGGACCAGGAGACGCUGCUGGAGGCUCGGGCCCAGCUGGAAAACCUGGAAGCACAAAUUUCAGAGACCCAGGAGCAGCUGGAGAGAGAGAUGGAGAGGAGGAAGAGCCUGGAAGACGAAAAGGAGAGACUGGAGGAGAGGCUAACCCGAGUGGAAGAGCAGAGAAGACAAAGGGAGGGGAGCGGAACGCAGCAGGCUGACAGCCACAGUCAGGCAGCCUGGCACAGAGAUUCCCCCGACCGCACCACAGACUGGGUGUUCCAGCAGAAGAGUGGGAAUGCGUCCCCCCACCUGCAGCUCUCUCCAACAGGUCACACCAGCGGACCUCAUCACGGUCCUUGGCGCACAGUCGACAAGAUCGUGGGCAAACUCCAUCUCGUUUCCUCAAAGAUCCGCAGCAUGGCAAACAAGACUACUGGCAGGCUGACUGCAGAGGUUGACAGUGAAGAGUUAUCCUGGGUACAGUCCAGUGUUGAUGAGGUCAUAACUAUGCUGCAACAAUCCCCAGGUCUACCCUCCAUCCCUGAGAGUGUGUCCCUGCUGGCAGGAGGCUCCUCCAGCUCCUCCAACUCCCUGACAGAGCGGCUGCUGAGGCAGAACGCCGAGCUGACGGGUUUUGUCAGUCGUUUGACCGAAGAGAAGAACGAUCUGAGAAACCACACCCUCCGCCUGGAGGAGGAGCUCCGGCGUUACAGGCAGACUGGACUGGGAUCAGGAGAAAGUUCCAUCAGCAGGAGAGGAGUGUCAAAGAUGGACUCGGCCAGUGCGCUGCUGUCCCAUGAGCGGGAGGCUUGGACUCGAGAGAAGAUCCGUCUGGAGAAAGCUUUAAAUCUGGCUCAGACACAGGUGGCCCGACUUAGAGGAGAGAUCAGGACAGACGCCCUGCGGGAGAUAACUGGACCUGAGGCUGACAACGCUGCACUGAAGAGGAUGUAUGGGAAGUACCUGAGGUCAGAAAGCUUCCGUAAAGCACUGAUCUACCAGAAGAAAUAUCUGCUGUUACUGCUGGGAGGCUUCCAGGAGUGUGAGGAGGCCACGCUGUCGCUGCUGUCCAGGAUGGGCGGCCGGCCGUCGCUCUCCAGCCUGGAAUCCUUCAAUCAGCGUCGCCGAGGGCUGAUGCGCUUCCGCUCUGCCGUCCGAGUCUCUAUCGCCCUCUCCAGAAUGCGUUUCCUAGUGAAGCGAUGGCAUAAAGCCACAGGGAUGAACUCCACAACCUUCUGCAGUGUGAACAAGAACGGAACAGGUCAGACAUCAGGUACAGAGGUGAGAGAUUCCCCUUAUCUCCUCCACCCAGGCAGCGUAGAGAUGUACAGAGACAAGAGCAGCGCAGGAGGAGUCUCCAGCAGCAGCAGAGGGAGAAGUGGACGAGAGUCUCCCCGGUCAGCUGUCUGCUCCACCCCCCACAGGUUUCACUUGGCCGGAGACCAUGGAGCUCUCACCUGCUCCCACCUGCAGAGCUACGACCCCGACCGAGCGCUCACCGACUACAUCUCCAGACUGGAGGCUCUGCAGAGGAGGCUAGGGAACGUGACAUCAGGUGCUUCUUCGUACGCUCAAUUGCACUUUGGCUUGAGACGAUAGAUGCUGACAAGUUGCUUUGGCUUGAAGAAAGUUGCUCAGUUGCCUUUUCUCGUGCUGAGCGCUCUGCUGUUUUCUAUCACUCUGGUGUGGACUGUAUCUUUCCAUGUGUGGACCAAAACACAUUUUUUUAUUAGUGUACGACAUGUUGUAUUCAGGCUUUUUGUCGCCAGCACUUGAAAAACAGCUACGUUUGUAAUUUAAUCUGCCUCUUUGUUGUGGAUAAUCUACAAUCAUGUAUAUUUGUCUAAUGCUAAUUUAAGACCUCGUGAUUAAUUUAUGUUCGUGUUCGUAUGGGUGGAGCGUUAACGUAAGGAAUGUUUGGGUUCAAUGUUGAAGAGGCUGCUACUGGAAAUCCUACACUACACUGUGUUUUGUUGAGGUCGGACAGACUACAGAGGACAUUUGUAGAGAAAGUAUUUUUGUAAAGCGUUAGGAGCUUUGAAUUUUCUGGGUAUUUUGUCAAAAACUGAAAUAAAGAGGACAACAUUAUUUCAAAAAGUGCUGCAUCUUUUGUCUUUAAUUUACCAACAAGUUAAGAAAGUUUUAUUGGGUCCAUUGGGACAGUACUGGCUAUUUUUGUUUUUUUUACUAAGGAUUAAGGAUCAUCCAGUUUUUCUGUCAAAUUACAAACUUUAUUUAUUCCAUGUUUCAAUGUUCUGCAUUGCAUCAACAGAUAUUUCAAGAUAGAGGUUAAUCUCACCAUCCUGUUUAUCUUAUCUAUAGUUGCAGUUCAGUCAUUCCUUAUUGUAGUAUUUUUAAGAAAUAUUAAUGUUGUGCAGUAACUUUUUCUUGGAUCAUAAUGUGACCUAACAGAAAAUAAAAGCAAAAAGUUUAAUUCUUACUUAGGAAGGCAUCAUUCACACAUGAACAUCAUCAUUGCUACCAUAUGAUCAUAAAUUACUUUUUCCACCUUUAUUAGUUUAGGUCUGAUAGAAGCAGACACCCAUCGGCCUAUACAAUAUAUAUAUUUACCAGCCUUAAACCUGAGCAGAAGUACAAUCAGCAGAAAUAAAGAGUUCAGUUACAGUGGAAAAAAGACAAAACUGAAGUUCUUCACAUCAAACAUUGAUUUUCCAGGAUCAGAGCGUCAGCAGACAUAAAACACUAAGUGCAGCAUUGUGAUUCGGUUUGAGAGCUGAUGGGAUUUUGUGUUAUUUGGUGCAGGAAAGGGUUUCAAGGGUCUGUCUGAGGAAGUAGGAUUAAUAAACAUGGUGAAACGAUCACACUGCAUGUUUUCUUUCUGUUCUGGAGCUUUCAAUCUUAUCACAUGAUCUUUUCUCAGCAGAUCUGUUUUUUUCAAGUUUCUUUAUCUGAGCCUUUUCUAUCUUUAAGUCUUGGACAAAAAGGUCAGAAGACAAUACAUGCAAUCUGAUCAGGUCGCAAUUUUCUGUCCAAGCCCCUCGACAGCUCCUGACAAACGGGUCCACAGGAAUUUUUUUUUUUUUUUUAAGAAUUCACAUUGUGAAUAUGAGCAUCAGUGUUCAAGUCAGAGUUACACACAACAGGUGUAUUCUGCUCUGGAAACACAAGUAUCUAAACAAUGAUGUAUCAUGUUAACAUUCAGACAAAACCAUGGACUCCAGAUCUAAACAAAGGAAGCAGAAAAGCACAGGCUUGAUAUUUAGACAGAGUGAAGUGUGUUCAUCUAAAGUUUCCUCAAAUCAAGUCCCAGAAAGACAGAGAUCAAGUUGGAUUCACUCCUCCUUCCCUGUCUUCUUUCAGUGGCUCACGGUUUUCUCCUCUUGUAUCUGAUGACGGGGUUGUGAGGCGUGUGGAUCAUCGUGGUGUAGUCGAUCGUGGGGAAAUAUCCGUCCACCAGGUCAAACUCAAACAUGCGCAGUAAAGUGGACCAGAUGGUUUUGAUCUGGACGUAGGCAAAGUUCUCCCCGAUGCAGCGGUGACGCCC